UUUCUCUGAUCUUCUCCCCCUUCUCCUCUCUACAACAACAAAGGCACAACAGUCCGCCCCAUUAUUUUUUUAUACCAUCAAACUCGGGGAAACCACGGCAGUCUCGCAAAACCCACGGCAAAUAUCUCCAACAUAAAUAUGAGCCUCCCCUCCCGCACUCUCCCACCAUUUACUAGUUUCGCCUUCUCCGAAGGAUCACAAGGCAGACAUCCCUUCCCCUCCCAACUCCUCUGUUUCUCUUCUUCUUCGUCUUCUUCCUCGAGCGAGUGUGGUUUCAUUAAGAGUCAGCCACCAUGAGGAUGAGCUGCAACGGGUGCCGAGUCCUCCGCAAGGGGUGCAGCGAGAACUGCAGCAUAAGGCCGUGUCUUCAGUGGAUCAAGAGCCCCGAGUCUCAGGCAAAUGCCACCGUCUUCCUGGCCAAGUUCUACGGCCGAGCCGGGCUCAUGAACCUCAUCAAUGCCGGCCCCGAGCACCUUCGUCCUGCCAUCUUUAGGUCGCUUUUGUACGAGGCCUGUGGGAGGAUCGUCAACCCGAUUUACGGCUCGGUGGGUCUGCUCUGGUCGGGGAGCUGGCAGCUCUGCCAGGCAGCGGUCGACGCCGUCCUGAAGGGUGCGCCCAUCGUUCAGAUCUCCUCCGAGUCGGCGGCUAACCCCGGCCCCCUGAAGGCCUACGAUAUCCGACACGUCGCCAAGGCGGAGAACGCGGCUGCGCUGGCUGAUUUGCACAAGGUCAAGAGCCGGAACCGGUUCAAGCGUUCCGGCAAGGCCAGGCCCAAGACCGACUCGACGGCCGUCGAUCCCGAGACGGUGGCCAACUCCGCGGAAGUCUGCAACCUCAGCUGGCGCAGGUGCUACACCGACGGUUUGGACCGCGCGUCCAGCGAGUCCUCCAGCCACUCCGAGCAGAACGGCGAGGCGGAGACGGACAGCAUGUUCUCGAACGAGACGGUGGAGGCGUCUCUCCUCUGCCAGGCGGACCAUGAGCGGGAGCCCAAGCAGGAGCCGUCCGACGAGGAGGGGUUCGGCGGCGACGGUGACGUGACGCUCGAGCUCACUCUGGGGUUCGAGCCGGUCUCCCGUUCCGACGACGACGACGGUCACGAGCACCACCAUCAAGCGCCCAAGGAGCCCGAGUUCCAGGCGUCUCUUGGGCUCGAGUUGCCGGCUUGAAGCGGGUCGGUUUGUGCUUUCCGGGUUUUGAUUUUGCGGCUUUGUUCGUCGGCAUCACGGGGGAUGUUUAGUUUACCCAUCAUCAAAAAAGGGAAAGGAAAAUCUUGUGAAUUAGAUAGAGCACAGAGCCUUUUUAUUGUUCAUAUACUCCAGGAACUUAGAGUUUUACCUCUUUAAUUUUCUUCAUUUUUAAUUUUCUUCUUCCUCACCCUUGUUUUUUUUUCUUUGUUCAAAAGAAAGGAAAUAACCUGUAAGAGCAAUAACGGAUAUAUAUGGGGAAUAGAAAAUAUUUGUUCUUUCAACA